AUGGCGGCCGACGCGCGACCCGCGCAGCCCAAGGCGAUCCUGCGCGGCCACAAGGCGCAGGUGCAUGCCGCUGUCUUCGUCAGGGGCAACGAUCGCCUGUUGACAGGAGACGCAGAUGGCUUUGUUGUUGCAUGGGAUCUCACAACAAUGCGGCCCCGGGCAGUCUGGCAGGCUCACGGAAACGCCAUCCUGGGCAUCGCCGCUUGGGACCACUACCGCAUCAUCACGCACGGACGAGACAACAAACUCAUCGUGUGGAAAUUGGCCCCAGAGGACGAGGCCCGGCUAAGCACCAAGCUUCCUCUGGACCCCUCCUCGGAGACGCGGCCACAGCCUUGGAUGCUGUACAUGCUUGAGGUCAACACCAUGAAUUUUUGCUCUUUCUCUCACUGUCCAGCUUGCCCGGAGUCAAGCCCGGCAUCGUCCGAGAUUUUGGUUGCAGUGCCAAACACUCUAGCGUCUGAGGCUAUCGACAUCUUCCACCUGCCCACUCAAACCCGGCAGCACACGGUAAAACUCGGCGAAAAAAAUGGCAUGGUCAUGGCCCUGUCCCUCUUCCACCAAGCCGGUACCCUGACGCUCGUCGCCGGCUACGAAAACGGCGUGGCAACGGUCGCCCAGCUCGGCAGCCACGGCGUCUGGGUCAUCAAAUACCAGGCCAAGUGCCACUCCCAGCCGAUCCUCUCGCUCGACGUCUCCCCACCAAAAAACUUCUUCCUCACCUCCAGCGCUGACGCAGUCAUCUCCAAGCACCCUCUUCCCCUCGUCUCGCCUCCAUCUCGAUCCUCACAGAUCUCCCAGUCGCCCACCUCACCAUCAAUCUACAAUCCUUCCCCUCCAGAAGCAGACCCCCAAAAGUCCCUCCUCACCGCAGCGCUCUCCCGCGUAACCACCAGUCCUUCAUCACCGCCAGUACCACUAACACCCAACUCCGCCGAAACCAUCCAACACCAACCCCUCAAAACAGUCAACACCAAACACGCCGGACAGCAAUCCCUCCGCAUCCGCUUCGACGGCCGCAUCUUCGCUACCGCCGGCUGGGACUCCAAGGUGCGCGUGUACUCUGCCAAGACGCUCAACGAGGUGGCCGUGCUCAAGUGGCAUAUCGCUGGGUGCUACGCGGCUGCGUUUGCGGCUGUUGAUGUUGACUCGGAAUCAGAAUCAACGCCACAGCAAGAGCAACAACAACAGCAGGAAGAAAAUGAGCAAGAGGAGAAGAGCAGGGUAGAAGCGGAGAAGGGAGGUGCGCAGGAUGGAGGAGAUGAAGAGGCCAGGAAGGAUGUAACCGUCGUCCCCAAACUGGUUGAGAUGAGUGUCAGAGAGAAGAGGAUCCGGCAGGCGAGGACGACGCAUUGGUUGGCGGCGGGGAGCAAGGACGGCAAGGUUAGUUUGUGGGAUGUGUUUUAGAGGGACCAUUAAGAGAACGAGAUGGGUUCUGCUCGAAUGACGAACAGGAUUCUCUUGAGACAUGCACUCGUGAACAUACAGUACAUUGCAACAGAACACCCUUCUAUCCGUAUAUUGUGGGUAGCGAUUGUAUACAGGUGUCAAGAGUACAGCCCCUAUAAAACGACUCCCGCCAAUAUCUAUUCUAGUCGUGUCGUGAAACGCCCACUCUUCCAACACCAGUAACCGAAAACAUGCAUCAGCCCGCCCCUCUUCCCAAAGCUCAUUACAACUCGUUUCAUGACAGGAAACAUCAACAAGAACAGCACCAACUGCACCUCACCCUCACAGCUUCGACCUCUCCUCCAACCUCCGCCGCCUCCUCCUCUCCACCUCGGUCCGAUCCACACUCCUCUGCUCCUCAUCACUCAGCCG